UUCAUGUAACUGGCUUGAUCUGAAGCAUGAGGUGAGCGGCACACCUCUCCACUCAGUCAGCAUCAUCGGUGUCCGUGACAGAGUGACAGACUGAGGAGGAACACUUCUCCAGCAGAAUAAAAUCAGCGAAACAGUCACCGGACACACCGAGGCACCAUUUUUCGUUUAUUAUUUGCGGAUCAGGUCGUUCACCAUGAAGCCUUCAAACAGUCGCCCUUCAGGAGGGGGUAAAAACCCUUUCGUGCACGAGCUCAAAUUGACCAUGACAGAAAAAAUAAAGAUAGGACUCAUGUCAGUUACAGUUUUUCCUGUGCGGCUCCUGCUGGUCUCUUUCCUCAUGCUGCUGGCGUGGCCCUUCGCCUUCACGGCUUCUCUGGGACGUUCGGAGUUUGCGAUUGAGCCGCAGUCGUGGUGGAGGAGGUUUAUAGACCUGUGUCUAAGAGCGAUCAUGCGAGCCAUGUGGUUUUGCGGAGGUUUCCAUUGGAUCAAAGUGAAGGGACAACGGGUAGAACCCUCUGAAGCGCCCAUCCUCACUGUGGCACCACAUUCUUCUUACUUUGAUGCCAUCCCAGUCACUAUGACCAUGUGCUCCAUAGUCACCAAACUGGAAAGCAGGAGCAUCCCAGUCUGGGGCACUUUGAUCAGCUACAUCAGGCCAGUGUUCGUGUUUCGGUCAGACCAAGACUCGAGACGAAAAACUGUCGAGGAAAUCAGGCGGAGAGCGUGCUCGGGAGGGAAGUGGCCUCAGAUCAUGAUAUUCCCGGAGGGGACCUGCACCAACAGGUCGGGUCUAAUCUUAUUCAAGGCUGGUGCUUUCAUCCCAGGACUCCCAGUGCAGCCAGUGAUACUACGCUACCCAAACAAACUGGAUACUAUUACAUGGACGUGGAAAGGUCCCGGAGCGUUUCACAUUUUGUGGCUCACUCUGUGCCAGCCUCAUAACUCCAUUGAGAUUGAGUAUUUGCCUGUUUACAGUCCAUCGAACGAGGAGAAAGAAAACCCUGCGCUGUUCGCCAGCAACGUCAGAAAGCUCAUGGCCAAGGCGUUGGACCUGCCGCUCAAAGACCUGUCAUUUGAUGACAUUGAGAUCAGCCUAUCGCACGGCCCGCUGGGCAUAUAUGAUUAUAGCAGCCUCCUAGAGUUCAACCAGCUAAUAUGUCGUUUAGGACUGAGAGCAGCAACAACAGACAGGGUGCUUGAAGAGCAGGCCAGGAGAGCCAGGAAGCUGCAGGGAGACAAACUGGGUUUGGAGGACUUUGCCCAGUUCCUCAGCCUCCCUGUUACAGACACACUUAAAGAAGUUCACAGUUUCUUUGAUGAGCACAGAGAUGGACAGAUAGAUGUCAGACGCUACGUUAUCGCUCUGUCUACCGUUCGUCGACCCACAAAGUCAAUGGAAACCCUCAAACUGGCCUUUAAGAUGUAUGAGAGCGAGGAGAGCGGGGAAAUCCUGGAGGAGGAGCUAGCCGGCAUCUUGGAAAUCAUGUUAGGAGUGAAGGAAGUGCAACUUUCAAGUGUGAGCUUAACGCUCGGACCCGACACAGGAAAGAUCACUUAUGAUGAUCUUCUUCAUUACAUCCAGCAGUAUCCACACUUUGCUCUGGACUGCCUCCACUUUAAAGACCAUCCACAGGAUUUCUGCGCGGGCCGAUCUCAGAGCUGCAACGGCCAGAGCCGCAGCAAAGACGACUAACUCACAGACUCAGGCCACUUUUUUACCUACUCUAUCAGACCCAUCAAUGCUGUCACAACGGUGCCUUCAUGUGCAGGUAGAGAAAGGGCACAACUUUUGUGAAGGGUAUAAAGUCCUGAUCCAGAUAAUGUUUUUAAUUUUUUCUUUCUUUCUUUGCCUUCCUUUAUUUUUAAUGCCCACUAUAAUAUUAAGAUACAUUUUGUGUGCUCCACAAAUAUUUAUAUGUAUGUAUUUAUAAAGAACAGAUUGAAAAAGGAGGAUUUUAUGUAUCCUUAUGUACUGGAAGGUUAGCACUGUUGUUAUCUCAGGCUAAUGGACACUAGCACAAUACCUGCUGUCGUUGCACCUGUAUGGUUUCAUUUCAAACCAGCAUUAAGUGUUGGUAAAGGCAAAAAAAAGUGUUGACACUUUGCAUCUCGGCCCAUAUUUAUGUAUCUAUAUUCCCAGAUUACUGCCAUUAAAGUUUUACGCGUCACCAGCGUAUUGCAUACAUUUGCAUAACCAUUUGCAUUACAAUGUCCAGACUGUGUGUUGCUUACUGUACAAGUACCUUUGAGGGUGUUACUGCAUCUCACCACACAUUCAACAACAAGCUUGUUUGUUUUCCUCAGAGUGUCCGCUUUAUACAAAGUCAGAGAUAACAGCUGUGGUUUCUGAGCUGUAGCACCGGCAUCGUUCUCCUCCUCCUCCUCCUCGUUGGGCCUCACCACCUGGGUUUUGGUGCUGUGUUUAGAUUGCAGGGGCCUCUUCAGUGAUUCUCUCCCCAGCAAAAAUAACAUGAAAACUUCCACAAUGCAUCGGCUCUUGCCCGCUCUCCUGACGGCAGGAUUGGACGUGUUCCACUAGUAAAUAGCAGGAUUAGAUGUUACUUUUUCUCUUUUUUCCUCCACAAUAAAAAAGUUUUCGGACCACUCUCUGGUUCUAAAACUCCUCUUAGAGUUGUAUAAAGGUUCCCCAUAAGAGAAAAACUUUAUACAAAUUAGAGCAUGAUUGAAAAUACUGACAAUUCUCAGCUUUAAAUUACAACAUUUCAGAUGAUUUUUCAUGUGGAGUUUUAGUUAUUAGUGAAAAUCUGGAUGAAAUGUCUGCAUUUACCCAGACUGACGUUAAAACACUCCCUCAGUGCUUUCACUCCUGAUUUUCAAAAGCACGACUAAAGAGGUGCCAGCGUGACAGCUGUCUGAUUUCCUGCUCCCAGAGUCUUAAUGAAUGUGGGCCCAGAUGUUAGACUGCUGCCUGCAACUACCUUCAUACUUUCGUUUGUGCACGAACCUACAGUUAUAUGAUGAACAAAACCGUUUCUCCACCUCUGCGUUAAACAGUUAGUAAAACACUGGAAAGGAUGACGGCUUGGUAUUUGGAUGAACAUAUCUUUAAAAACUUGAUAAAUAACAUGUCUUCGCUUUCACACAUCUAUGCUUUUUUUUGGGUUUGUUUUUCUGCUGGUUUAAAGUUGAUCUGUGAUGGUCACAUUUCAUGCCUUAUGCCUAGUUUUCGUUAUGUUUUUAAAAAUCAAAGUAGAAAUCAAAGUUUUCUGCUUUUUAUUUGACAAAUAAAACCUUCUGUUUUGUCAUAGUCACUUACUGUGCUUACCCACUAGGGGGAGCUCUGCUUUUAUAGUUGUAUCUUAAGAUGCUUUGAGUUCUCUAAAACUGCCUGACAAUGUUUGUAUGAAUCAAUGCAGUGGGUCAUGCUUAUCUUAAAGCUAUCAUCAGUGGAUUUUGUCCAUCUUUA